GUCUGACGUAUAAUCUAGUGGACGGGACGAUUCUUCAACAACAACAUCUGGUCAACCAUCUCGGUAGCUUGCUAGCCAACAUAUCCGAAACAUUGGAGCUCUAGACGCUUUCGGUGAUUAUUAGUCACUGUGUUUGAAUCAUUUCCUCGUAUCUACUAGUUACCCCAUUUAAUUGCAGUUGUUGUUAGUCAGCUAACUGGCUGGUUAAAGUAGCACUAGCCUAGUCGCUAGCUAACUAACAUCCUCGACCAUGAGCUCUCUAAUGUACUCCCCCCCUGCUAAAGAAGAGGUCUGUUGGACGGAGAAAGAAACUAUCGUGAAAGUGGAGAAUGAAGAAGAGGCCGUCACCGUAAAAAAAGAGAUAGAGGUUGAGUCUAUUGCCGUGAAAGAAGAAGAGAAAGAAGAGGACGAAGCUUUCCGAGUGAACGAGGAGGAUGUUACUGUGAAAGAAGACACAGAGGAAAAUAAAAAUGAGGAUACCGUUUUUGGAGUUAAAGAGGAGAAUGAUAUGACUGCCGCAGUGAAGGGAGAGGAAUACGUUUUUGGAGUGAAGGAGGGGGAGAUUACUGUCACAUUGGAGGAGGAGACUGGCGAUCUGAUUAGCACCAGGGAGAGACCAGACUCUUACUCUGAAAGUGGGACGAGUCCCUCAGAGGAAGCAGACCCAGAGACGUCCAAACCAGCAAGACCACAUCACUGCUCUCAGUGUGGAAAGAGAUUUAUCCAGUUAGGGCACCUGAAAGAACAUAAGAGAAUGCACACAGGGGAGAAGCCUUACCACUGCUCCCAGUGCGAAAAGCGAUUUUCCUCAUCAGGGUCCCUGAAAUCACAUGAGAGAACGCACUCAGGAGAGAAGCCUUUCCAAUGCUCCCAGUGUGGAAAGAGUUUUACUCGGUUAGGGAGCCUGAAAAAACAUGAGAGAAUACACACAGGAGAGAAGCCCUAUCAAUGCGCUGAGUGUGUAAAGAGUUUUAGCUGGUUAGAGCAUCUAGAAGAACAUAAAAGAAUACACUCAGGAGAAAAGCCCUACCAAUGCUCUCAAUGUGGAAAUAGUUUUACCCGGUUUGGGCAUCUGGAAGAACAUAAAAGAAUACACACAGGAGAGAAACCCUACCAAUGCCCCCAGUGUGGCAAGAGUUUUACCCGGUUAGGAAGCCUGAAAAACCAUGAUAGAAUACACUCAGGAGAGAAGCCCUACCAAUGCUCCCAGUGUGGAAAGAAUUUUACACAGUUAGGGAACCUAAAAGAUCACAAGAGAAUACACACAGGAGAGAAGCCUUUCCAUUGCUCUCAGUGUGGAAAAGGUUUUACCCAAGCAGGGUACCUGAAGUCACAUAAGAGGACACACACAGGAGAAAAGCCUUACCAUUGUUCCCAGUGUGGAAAUCACUUCUCCACAUCGAGUAACCUGAAAAAACAUGAAAGAAUACACUCAGUAGAGAAGCCUUUCCACUGUUUUCAUUGCGAAAAGAGUUUUAAGAAGUUAGGGAAACUGAAACAACAUGAGCAAAGACACACAAGCGAGAAGCCUUUUUCAACUGCUCCUCCUGUGGAUUGAACUUUACCUGGUUUAAGCAACUGCAAUCACAUGAAAUAAUCCACACCAGAGAGAAAAUGUAUCAAUGCUCCCAGUAGCUAGGUUUCCAUCCAAUUUGUGACAGAUUUUCAUGUGAAUAUUAAAAAAUAUGCAUGAAAAAUAUUCACAUUUUCCCACCAGAGGUGUGUUUCCAUCAAACUGACUUGUUGCAAAUAAAAAGCUAUGUGUGAUGACAUAGUGCACAUAAAAAGCACUAACUCGUUUAACUUUUCAUUUAGGCCUACCAAAUAAAAAAAAAGUAAAUGUUUCCAUCCCAUUUUUAUCUCUGUCGAUGAUUUUGGCACAAAAAGUGCAAAUGUACCCACUCUGGUCUUGCACGUGCACUCUAGCCAACAGCUUGCAGAUACAGUGCAGAGAAUAGCCUGCAUGAUGAGAUUGUGGAUAAGAGCAAGAUCAUUUUUAUUUGUAAAUUGGCAGCCAAGCACUGAUCAUCAUGUCGCCAGCAUACAAAUUAUUAAGACGCUCAAUAUUUAUUGGAAAGCAUCAAGCUCAUCACCGUGCACAUUCACCACCAUGGGAAGUUAAUCAUAACUUAUUUCAUGUGUAGCCUAAUAAACUGCAUGUUUUUUGAAGUCGUGAUGGGAGGACCACACAACAUAUCGUCAUGCCACUGCAACUUUGCUUCGACAUGAUGGUUAUUCUAUCAAUAUUUGUGCAUAAAUUGUAUUCACCAGAAUUGUUCCGUAGUUCAUUUUAUAGGCAAAUAAAAUCCCAACAAGUUGUCCGUCGGCAUUUAUGAAAUUGUACCAACACUCCCUGUUUCUAUCGUGAAUUUGUUUUUAUACGGCAGGACUUUACUCGCAUAAAAAUAUUGGAUGGAAACAUUGUUAGUGUGGAAUUAUAUUUACCCAGUUAGGGAACCUGAAAGACCAUGAGGUUCACAGGGGAGAUGCCUUACCACUGCUCCCAGUGUGGGACGGAAUAUAUCACAUCAAAUGGACUUCAAGUUCAUGAGAAAACACAUAUGCUGCUCCCACACUUAUCACAUAUUUUUGACAGAGAAAUUGUGCUUUUGGACAUGUCACAUGAAAUCAAAUUGUAAAAAGCGGACUUAAAAAGGCAGCUGUAUUUUAUUUAUUAUUUAAACAUGAACUAAAUAUGGAGUAUGUCUGUUUGAAUGUGGAGUACGUCAGUUUCAGAGUAUACGCUUUGUGAUUAAAUUUUCCUUUUCAAACUCUGGCUGUGUGUGUUGUGGCAACCCGGGGACGAGCAGGGAGCUACAAAGGAAGGAGCAGGACCUUGGUCAGCUCCAGAGGGCUAGAGACGCCAAGGUGAGUCAGCACCAUGGGCAGCUCCACAGGCACCAACUGGGGCUGGUGAUUCAACACCAAUACUUCCCAGUCCAGGUGCUGCAACCAAUUGGCACCUGGAAUUGGUCCCACCUGUCCCUCGUUACCCCAAAAUGGACAGGUAGAGGGUACGGAGUGAGUAUGAUACGCACCUCAAUCAAAAGCCAAAGAAGAUACUAGGCAAUGUUUGACUCACCUAUCUCUCUUCCUUUUCUUUGCCCAAAGGAAGAGGACCCAUUCCCGUGCAGCACGCCACCUGGUGCAAGUUGAGAGAAAGUAUUGAAACCCUGGACUCAUCUCUCUCUUUCUUUGUUGUUCAUUAACACAGGCGGACCGAGGAGCUGCCACGCCGGACACAGUGACCCACCCGUUACCUGAGAGGCCUUUCAGUUGUAUUUCUCCCCUCCCCGUUCCCCCCAACCUUUAUUAAAGAUCAACUUUUGUUUGAGCACUGCAAAA